AUGGGUCUCCAAAGGAAGAUCCUGGGAAAGAGAAGCAUCCAGCAGGUGCCUGAAGAAGAAGUGGAAGCUGUUAGUAUUCCGCAGCUGGUGGAGCUGCGGUCACUGAAGCUGAAGCAGUCUCACUCCCACGGCGGCGACGACGACGAUGAAGAUCCACGACAGCUUUCACCGCCGCCGUCGGCGAACGGUGCUGGAACUGAACGCCCCCUGCACUGCCCACCGGCGCCGAAGAAGCCGAGGCUCGAGCUGGGGUGUAGCCUGGACGGAUUCAAGGUGCUGCGUGUCAUGGACCUGCGUUGCUUCCUGCGCUGA